AUGCACCCUCCCUCAAUGCUGCUCCUCCUAGGGGCGACUUCUGUUGCCCAAGCGACCAAUCAAAACAAACCACGCCCGCGUAACGUUAUGCCGACUGCGAUUAAGAAAAUGCCCCCGGACCAAGGAGCAAAGUUCUAUCCCCAUUAUGUCGCCUUCCCGGACACCGACAACGAUGAUAGUCGCAUCUUCCUGGCGGCGCGCUCCCGGACAUGGCACAACAUCUCUUCCCUCAACCUCGACCAAAUCUCUCCCCUCGCCCCGUUCGCCCCCCAUCUUCUGCGCGAUAUCUCCCCCAACCCACUGCGUCGAUCCUUACAAGAACGCCAAUGGGCCUGCCCCUCUGACACCCACUCCUGCGACGCGAUAGGCUACCCCAACUCGUGUUGCUGGGAGGGCACGACAUGUAUGGUGGUGCCUGAUACUGGAUUAGGGCCGGUUGGGUGCUGUCCCGAGGGGGCGAGGCGUCCCAAGCCAAUCCACAAUAACCCUAACCACCACUUCAACCUCCACAAUCCCCACCAGCACAAUUACCAGCAUGACCACUCUGCCCGACUCAGCUGGAGCACCGUUUCGACCUACCUCUUUACCUUCUUCCUCUUCCUCUCCUCACUCAACGACCCCCUCCCGACCUUCCAGCACCACGGCGGGGGAUGA